AUGUACGACGUGCCCGUGGGCAUCGCCGCUGACCGGGGCGCGAAGUUCAGUCAAGAGGACGCGUACUUCAUUGGCGGCAAAGCCGUCGGGCGGCUCACGCUGAACGGAUACUCCGACUCGGCCAGCGGCUGCUUUGGCAUCUUUGACGGCCACGCAGGCGACCGCGCCUCGCGCUUUUGCGCCGAGAACAUCUUCCCAAGGAUCCUCGACCAGCUGGCGCACAAGUUCAGCGCGAGGAAAGCCAUCACCAACGCCGUGCGGGCGCUCGAUGCCGACUUCUGCGCCAUUGCCCACCGCUACUCGACCUCCGCCAUAGCGUCUGCUGCUCGGCACAGUCACGGCCGCUCGUUUGCCACGGACGACGGCUCGACGCUUCUCGUCGCUAUCGUCCGUGACGGGCUCUUGCACGUCGGGAACGUCGGCGACUCUCGGGCGAUCGUUGUCACGCGCCACGGCGAAGCAAUUGCCAUGUCCGUGGACCAGAAACCGAGCCGCAAGGACGAGCGCAAGCGCCUGAAAGCCAAGGGCGCGUUCAUCACGGGCAAGCCGAGCUUUAUGUACAAGAUGUGGCCGCUCAAGAAGAUUCUGGACGUGCCGCGCGUGAAUGGCCAGUUGGCGGUCUCGCGGUCGAUUGGCGACGUGUCGCUCAAGGCGUUCAUCACGUGCGACCCGGAAGUGCAGACGCGCAGGGUCGCAAAGCACGAUCGGUUCCUCGUGAUGGCGACCGACGGGCUGUGGGACGUGGUGUCCAGUAAGAUGGCCGCGCGCGUGGCCUGUCGCUAUCGAGACCCGCAGGCGGCGGCGAAUGCGCUCGUGGCCCUCGCACUUGAAAGACACACGACGGACAAUGUCACGGUCUUAGUGGUGAAGCUCGAGGCGUACGACUUUUCUGCGAGCUGCACCGACGUCACGAGCAGCUAA